AAAAAAUCCUACAACUUCAUGGUCACUGCACUCAAUGUCAAAACAAAACCCAGAAUUCCGCUCUAGCAAGGGACGCUCGUUGUGCCGACUUGUGAAAAUGAAGGAUGGAUUUUCUUUCAGACAAAAGGAUAUGAGCAAGUCAUGAGAGAUGUUUAAGAUAAACCACCAGAUCAAUGGAUGUGCAGGUUACGUGCAACGUCUCCAGCAUUGAAUGUGGUCAAUUAGCACUCAUCAUUAUUCCCAGUCUCCUGGCUCUUAGCACACUGACCAUCAUAUCUCGGAUAAUAUGGAGCUUCUUAAAAAACAAGUCAUCAGUUCCGAGGUCCUCAGCGGUGUCUUUUGAUCGGAAAGGUCCUCUGCCUGGACACAGUGCUCUGAGCUCAUGGGAAAUGCCCGCCCACUGCAUGCUGGAGGAAGUGGAGUUUGUGAAAAAUGGCCGGUAUGGGGCUACCUGCAAGGGCCAGUUAAAACAUGAUGGAGUUACCACUGCUGUGAGAAUUAAAAUGUUCAGAGGAAGUUCAAACAGUCACGAGGCAAAAGAGUUUGUGGAGUUGGCCCUGUUCUACUCAGCCGUCUGCAAACACGACAAUCUGGUGCGAAUGCUGUACUGCCAGACACGACGCUUUCCCAUGUACUUGGUUUUUGAAACGAGCGCUCCCGGAAAUCUGCUGCAUUUCUUAUGGAGCCUUCGAGAGGCUGGACCCGGGAUGUGCCAUGAGGAACAGUGUUUUUCUGAGAGUUCUGUGUAUUUAGUCGCUAAACAAGUGGCAGCCGGUCUGGACUACCUGCUGUCAGAGCACAGGCUUGUGCACGGGAACGUCGCAGCACACAGCAUGCUGAUAGGCUCCGGGCUCCUGGUAAAAGUGUCGGGGUUGGCUUUGGCUUUUGAGUCGAGGCAGCCGGAGACGGACACGGUGGGAAAGGAGAGGACAGCCAGAGUUCCUCUAAAGUGGCAGGCACCAGAGAGACUACUCAGACUUCCUGUUACAUCCAGGAGUGAUGUGUGGUCUUUUGGAAUCCUCCUCUACGAGUUGAUAACAUUAGGUGCUCCUCCGUUUCCCGAACUGGAGCCUUCGGAGACGUUCCUCCACACUUUGGCCAAUUACAAGCUAAAAAGACCUCCGAGCUGUGGAGGAGCACUGUUUGACCUCAUGAAAUACUGCUGCAUGUGGAAUUUUAAGGACCGCCCGGCUUAUUCUGCGAUCAUCAAACUGCUGGAGUCGUACAUCCACCUGGCUGACACUAAACCCCUGAGUGCAGCACAGCACAUGGACAUUUCUGAAUACGGAAGGAAGGCAGGAGUUCCUCCUUGAGCAUUUAGUGCACAUACAAGGCUGUAUUUAAAGCUGGUAACUUAACUCCAAAAGUCAUGUCAUGUAAUUAUAUGGGGAGAGUUGUACGUAGCAGUUCAGAGACAGGUUACGCAGUUGCUCGAGUCAGCUUCUGAGAUCUGAGACAGAGGGUCUCGCAUCUAGACUACUACAUUUGAACACACGCAAGUGCUGAUUAACAAAACAUGACUAAAGAGCCACUAAUAUAAUAUAAUAUAAUAUAAUAUAAUAUAA